AUGUCCAGUCCACAGUCUGACGAGUAUCUGAGAAAGUCUGUGCAGGAAACUGGAGUACAUGAAGGCUGGGUCUCUAUAUUCCAAGAUGACUUGCUGUACUAUUUUAAUCGCAGCAUUGCAAACGUGGAAGGCAAUCUUCUGAACCGCGAAGGGAUGGUACCAGAGAAAAGCAAAAUCUUGCUAGCACUGUCUCGAUGUGCCCCAGAAGAUAUCAAAGUUGUCAUCCUAGGCCACGAACCCAUUUCUAAUAAAAACCUAGCAACGGGGUUCGCAUUUUCAUUUCCAGAGGGAGAAAUCAUUGACGAAAAUGUUGGACAGCGUGAACUCAAGCCUGAAGAGGGAUUCAGUGUUAAAAUGCUACAUGACGUUCUAGCAGAUGCUGGAUAUUUGGAGCGCGGAGCUACCUACGAUUGCUGUCAUGAAGUCUGGGCAGACAGAGGCGUGUUAUUGCUGAAUGCAUCUCUGACGUACAGUAUGGGACAUUUUUCUCUUUGGAAGAAAUUUGUAUCUCGUCUGCUCUGCCUUUUGGUCCAGUUAAAUAGGUCGCAGCGUUUAUUUUUCCUGUGCUGGGGAACUAAUGCUAAAGAAAUUAGCGAGUGGCUGCUUGCUAAGCUGUGGGAAAUCGGAAUAGGGACACAGGCAAUAAAACACGACCAGCAUAACACUUGGGUAGAAAAUUCGGCUCCCGUUGUCGUAUUUGUUGGCGAUCAUCCCACGUAUCCAAGAGAUAAAAACGAAUUUGUGCAGCAAGCAAAAAUUCAGUUCCAUGCGAUUAAACAGUGGUAUCCAGAUUUAUUUACUUUGGAAAAACACAUACCAGCACUUGCACCUGACACUGAAAGGCAGAACAGGACUAGAGAAGAAGAAGAGGAAAAAAGGAGCUCGAGACCUGAGCCAUAUUUAAGUGCGCAAUAA